UUUGCUGUCAGUUAUCUCCACACUCUUCAGACGAUUUUAUCGUUACACAGCCUUCCUUGUUCCUUCUCUCCCUCUUCGAAUUCUCUCCAAAAAUUUGAACUCAGAGUAAGCAAUCAAGUCAGAAUCAAUGGGGAAGAAGAAAUUCAUAGACAAGAAAAAAUCUGCAGUAUUUCAAUUACACGCAAGGGAUACAUCAGAUCCUAAUUAUGGAGAUGGACCAGGUGGUGAUCGAGUUUUCGUUAGAGUUGAUAAUAAUCCCUAUGAAAAUCCAAUUUUCGAGGAUGCAAACGAAGAUGGUGAUGAGAAUCUUGUUCCGAAUCCAAUCAAUACUAGUGUUUCUACUUCUAAUUUACCUGUUAGUGUAAGGAAAGAAAUUUUGGAAUUAGGUCUUCCUGAUGAUGGUUAUAAUUAUCUUGCUCAUUUACGUGAAAUUAAGAACACUGGUGCUGGUACUGCAUAUUAUCAGAAUAGUAAAGCUAAGCUCGAUGAAGUUCCUCAUGAUGUUAAGGCUUAUGAUGCGUCAAGAGUUAGGGUUUUAGAAGUUGGAGAGACUGAACCAAGUGAUGAUUCAAUUUAUAAAGUUGCAGCUAAGACUGUUGGUGUGAAAGUUCAGAGAGCUGUUGAUGAGGAAGUUGCUGCUUUACUUGCUGACAAUGAUUUAUCUAGGUUCGAAUCAGAUGACGAAGACUUGGAGUUGGAAGAGGAUUUUGUUUUAAAGGCUAAUCUUCCAGGAGAAGGAGAAGAAGAAGAUGAAGAAAUUGUCUUUGAUAAGAAGAUUAAUGAACAGCCUGAAGUUAUUAAGAGACAAUAUGUUGACUCCAGCGAGUUACUUCAUUCCGCUGGUGUGUUUGACGAUGCUGAUGAUGAUGAGUUUGACAUGGAACCUCAAACAGAUGAGAAACCAAGAGCUCCUCGUUUUUUGGAUGAGCAGUUUGAUUUGCUUACACUCAAGGAGUAUGCCACGGACAGUGAUAAUAAUAAAGAUGACGUGUAUGAAGGUUCUGGAUAUGGAGACUCCGAAUCUGAAGAAGUUCCAUUAGCAGCUAAGCUUAAUAACCCAUUUCUAGACCAAGAGAUUGAAAAAUUAGAUUUUGACUUGGCGUACAAAGUUCCUGCCGAUUAUGUUCAUGGGAAUGAGGGAUCAAACUGUGAGAAGCUUAAGGACUCAGCUGCUGAUUUGAUUCGGCGUUGCGCAGAGUAUGGGCAGAAGUUUGAUGAUGAAAGCUAUGAUAAGGAGGAUGUGGUAAUUUGGGAGGAAAGUAGUGAAGAAUCAGAGGAGUUUGAUUGUGAGUCGGUUAUAUCAACAUAUACAAAUCUUGAAAAUCACCCUGGAAAAAUAGAAGCUCCAGUAAGCACAAGAAGGAAGAAGAGAUUAGCAGAUGCCCCAGCUGCAAUUCCUAGUAACGGCGCUCAUGGGAUUAUCCUCAAAGGAAGGGAGAAGCUUCCUGUAGACUAUUUGCCUCAUAGCAAAAAGGUUGUUGCUGAGAAGGUCACCAAGGUUCCAGGCCUGAAAAGUGAGCUUUACAAGAGGAAACCUCAUGGUGAGGAGUCAAAGGAGGAAAAGAAAGAAAGGAAGUCUGCUGUAAAAGAGGAGCGGCGGGAGGCGCGAAAAGCAAAGAAAGAAUUGAGGGUAGUCUAUAAAUCUGAAACCCAGAAAGCUCAAAGGGUUGCUGCUGUCUGUGGGCCAUCUUCUAUCCACCUUAUGUAGAGUCCAAGUUUGUUGACACUAGAGGAGUGUGUGUGUGCGCGCUCAAAACAAAACUAAUAGAAUUGAUUCCCUAAAAUCGUCAUUUUUCCAGCAAAUUAUUUUAAUUCUAAAAUUGGUGAGGAGUAUUUAUCAUAUCCAACAUAACCUUCAAUAGAUAGUUCUAGAUUAACUUGCCUGCAUAA